AUGGACACGCUGGGAGAUUUUUUGCUUGCUUGCAAAUACAAAAUCAAAUACGAUAUCGAUUUUAAUAUCCUGAUAACAUUGCAGAAUUAUAAAUAUGAUGAGACUACCGGAUUCUGUAGUGAGGUUUUGGAUUGGUGUGAUCCGAAUUUAUGUUCAAGUGGUGAACAACAUAUAGCCUGUAAUAAUGAUGGGGCUCUGCAUGAACGAUGUGGCUACGAUGCUGAAAUAAUCGAUUUGGAACCAUAUCGUGAUUUAAUCGUACAUGAACACAAUAAACGACGAAAUUUUGUAGCACUUGGACUAUUGCCAGGAUAUUAUCCUGCCUCUCGCAUGGCCACACUACAAUGGGAUGAAGAAUUAGAAUAUUUAGCUGACCUGAAUGUACGCAGCUGUAUAGUGGAGCAUGAUGAGUGUCGUAAUACAUAUCGUUUCCGUAAUUCAGGACAAAAUCUAGUUGGCAUUUCACGUUUUAAAAAUGUCUAUCAAAAUAUAACUGAAAUAAUACUGAACGAUAUGUGGUUGUGGUUUCGAGAGCACAAAAUAAUCAAUAGCGAUAUUAUAACGGAAUUUAAAGUUAUUGGAGAUCUAGAAAAAUACGGCCACUUUGCCGAUUUGGUUUUGGAACGUAAUACCCAUGUGGGAUGUUCUAUGAUACGUUACACACGACCAGAGUAUCCGUAUUUGUAUAUUUAUAAUUUUGCCUGUAAUUAUGCCACGGUAUAUGCCUAUGAUGUGCCCAUUUAUACGGUGGGUAGACCUGGUUCGAAAUGUCGUAGCGGAAUUAAUUCUCAUUAUCCUGGGUUAUGCUCCCCCGAAGAGGUUUAUAAUCCAAAUUAUUGA